AUGAAUGGAUAAUCAUAAAAGAGUUGACAAAAUUAUUAUUAAUAAAAAUAUAUUCUUAUAGGAAUUACUCAAUUAUUCAUAAAUACUAAUAGGAUUAACAUUAUCAUUAUAGCUGCCAAAUAUUAGGUUUAAUCUAUCACACCAAAAAAUAGAUAUCUCUUGAUUUUUAUUGAAGAUAUUACAAUUUUCAUCUCGAAAAUUAACUAUUAAAAUAAAUAUGAACUAGUAAAAAAUAUAUAAAUUAAGUUGAAUAUUGGUUUUAAUAUUCCUUAAUAUGUAGAUAAUUUCUUUAUUUAUUUUAUAUUGAUAUUGAUUUAUUCUUUUAUUUUAAAAUAUCAUAAUUUUGACUAUAUCUAAUAAUUUUUUAUUACAUCUAUAACUUGUUAUUUUCUUAGAGAAAAUAUUAAUUUUUUUAAAGAAUAUAUCAGAAGACAAUUAUAAAGCUUGGAAAAAGUAAAGCAAUGCUUAACUAAAAUUAUAAUAUUUGAUUAGGAGAAUUGGAAAGCUUAUUUGGUUGACUGCAAAUUAAACUAAUUAUUUAAACGAGACUUGGAUAUAUUUGUUGUACUAAGAAAAAUAAACAAUUUGGUAGAUUUAAAGAGUAACAGAAGAUUAUUAGAAUUCUAAUUUAUAAAAAGAUCUCAUAAUUUAAAUUAAUCCCAUUCCAAAAAAUAGGUUAAGCUUGCUUAAAAAAUAAUGAUAAGUAAAAAAUAAUAAGAAGAAAAAUAAAAAAUAAUAUUAAAAUUGAUUGAUUUCUUAUUAUUAUUUGGUAUAAUAUAAUAAUGA